UAUCUCCAACAAUAAAGACUGUAAAAAUGGUGUAUAUAAAGACAGGAAGUUUAAAAGAAGGGAUGAUCAACCAGUAUAUGGCAGCUAUAUCUGGCUCAUUGGCCUAUGGAGUAGUUGGGGCAUCCACAGGUUGGCCUUCUCCGGUUUUGAUCGAGAUGGAUCAAGGUAAAACUCCUCUGAAACUCAACGUAACCCAGAUCUCUUGGAUGGUCUCUCUCAUGUUCCUAGGACACAUCUCAAGUCCAAUACCAGCUGGUUACCUCAUGCGCUACUUCGGUCGUAAGAAGGUCUGCCUCUACUUAUCCGUCUUUCCACUCCUCUCGUGGCUUUUGAUCUACUAUGCUUACCAUGUGACAUACUUAUACAUUGCGAGAUACCUAGCGGGUCUCUGGAUUGGAAUAACAUCAACUAUAAUGCCAAUUUACGUCGGUGAAAUCUCAAGCACCGGACUGCGAAGUUCUUUAACGACUGUAAACAAUCUCAUGACAAACUUUGGGAUAUUAUUUGCUUACGUUGUGGGUCCCUAUGUCAACUAUUUUUUGUUUGCUGUGAUCUGUGAGAUAAUGACUGUUGUUUAUAUUUGUUCGUUUAUAAUGAUGCCGGAAUCUCCUCAUUUCUAUUUGCAGACUGGUCAAAGAAAAGAAGCGCUCAUUGCUCUGAGCUGGCUUCGUAAAGGAGAAACCGAAGAAAAUAUUGAGAAAGAGAUAAAAAGUAUUGAACAAGGGAUUGAGAAACAGAAGCUACAAAAAGGAUCACUGAGAGAUAUAUUUUGUCACAAAGCCAACCGUAAAGGUUUUGCAUUGUCUGUUACAUACGCCAUUUUCAAAAGACUCUCAGGGUCUGGAGUAAUGCAAGCUUACUUGUCAAUUACUUUACCUCCUGUAAGUGUGGGAGUUUUAAACGCUAACAACAGUGUGAUUAUAAUUGGACUCACAAGUCUCAUCUCUUCCAUAUUCUCCGCAGGUUUGGCAGUCAAAUAUCGCCGUCGUAUAUUGCUUACUAUAUCAUGUGGUGGAUGUUCAAUCGCUACAUCACUCGUAGCCUUAUGGUUUUACUUGGACGAGUUUACCACCAUUGACGUGUCACAUUACACCGGCCGCCCGUUAAUGGACCGGUGGUUCAUUUCUGUAACGAUUUUGACCAUCCGUGUGAAGUCGUCUUCAGAAGAUAUGUCAGAGGACAUUUUCACAUCAUCAGCGAAGAGUAGAGGAGUUCCUCUGAAGUGCCACGUACUAGUGGUGGUUCCAGAGAGGGGGCCAUAG